AUGGAUGUAGAGAAACAAGAGCAAUGCAAGAAACCGUGCAAAGAUGAAGCAGUUUUUUACAUUGCCAUCAACACUAUUCUGUACCUGAUCCCUCCAGUAUUCCUUGUCACUAUUGGAAUCUUGAACAUUGACGACUCCACAUUCACCAUCUGGAUAUUCUUGACCUCUUCACUGAUGCUAGUAUACAUCGCCUCUUAUUGGAUGAAUCUGUUGAAUGAAGCGAAAUACACGAGCACUGUCACUGAAAAAUCGGAAGUUCUUUCGGAAGAAAAAUAUUUAAAAACGAAGGACACGAUCGAACACCACCAACUACUCAUGAAGAUGAUUUUCUACUUAUUAUUCUCAUACGGGUUUUGCUUCAGUAUCCAAAUGAUUGCUCUCGGAUCUCAACGCUUGGAUUAUCACAUUGAAAUCUUGGUUUUCUGUUGCUUCUUCCUAUUUUUCUAUAUGAUUGAAUUCGCUCGUUUCUUCCAAUUGCAAAUUUUACGUUGGCAAGAGGGAGUUUAUGAGAAAACUAUUGAGCAUCUGAAGUUCAGACAUGUUCCAGAAAUGUACGAGUUACAGAACUGCGUCAUUCAAAUCUACAAUGACUUGGAUUUGAUUCUGAAUCAACUGAAAUUCAUGUUUUUUGUAUGCUACUUCUGA